ACCGAGCGCACUUGCGCACUCCCUGAGUCGCGCGGCCGCUCGAGCUUUGAGAUGAAGCGUGUUUUCUUACUACUAGAAAAGACAUUGCUUGGCACACCAAUACAGUUCACCUGGCAAAAAACAUCAGGAAACUACCUUGCAGUAGCAGGAGCGGAUCAUAUUGUGAAAAUCUUUGAUCGCCAUGGUCAAAAAAGAAGUGAAAUUAACUUACCUGGUAACUGUGUUGCUAUGGAUUGGGAUAAAGAUGGAGACAUCCUAGCAGUGAUUGCUGAGCAGUCUAGUGGCAUCUAUCUAUGGGAUGCCAACACAAAUAAGGCCAGCCAGCUAGACAGCGGCAUGAGGGAUCAAAUGUCUUUCCUCCUUUGGUCAAAAGUCGGAAGUGUUCUGGCUGUUGGAACCGUUAAAGGAAACUUGCUUAUUUAUAAUCGACAGACGUCUCGAAAGAUACCUGUUCUUGGAAAACAUACUCAGAGAAUCACAUGUGGAUGUUGGAAUGCAGAAAAUCUACUGGCAUUAGGUGGCGAGGAUAAAAUGAUCACAGUUAGUAACCAGGAAGGUGACACAAUAAGACAGAAACAGGUGAGGGCAGAGCCCAGCAACUUGCAGUUUUCCCUGAUGAGGACUGAUGAACGACCUGCCGCGUCUGAAAGCACAAUAAGUGUGGUGGUUGGCAAGAAAAUGCUAUUUCUUUUUAAUCUGAAUGACCCAGAUGACCCAGUUAGUUUAGAAUUUCAGCAGGGCUAUGGCACCAUUGUCUGCUAUACUUGGUAUGGUGAUGGCUACAUCAUGAUUGGUUUUUCACGCGGAACUCUUUUGGUGAUUUCUACUCAUACCCAAGAGAUUGGCAAAGAAGUAUUUCAGACUAGUGAUCAUAAAGAUAACCUAACCAGUAUUGCAGUAUCACAGACCCUUAACAAAGCUGCAACGUGUGGAGAUAAUUGCAUUAAGAUCCAUGACCUGGCAGAAUUAAAAGACAUGUAUGCUAUCAUCAACCUGGACGAUGAAAAUAAAGGGUUGGACACCUUGGCCUGGACAGACGAUGGUCAAUUGCUGGCAUUGUCCACCCAGAGGGGCUCACUCUACGUUUUCCUGACCAAGCUUCCCAUCCUCGGGGAUGCCUGCAGCACGAGGGUUGCUUACCUCACCUCGCUCCUUGAGGUCACUGUGGCCAACCACGUUGAAGGAGAGCUGCCAAUCACAGUCUCUGUGGACGUGGAACCCAACUUUGUAGCCGUCGGUCUCUACCAUCUGGCAGCGGGAAUGAAUAACCGAGCUUGGUUUUACGUCCUUGGAGAGAAAGCUGUGAAAAAAUUGAAGGAUGUGGAGUACUUGGGCACCGUGGCCAGUAUCUGCCUGCACUCUGACUAUGCUGCUGCGCUUUGUGAGGGCAAAGUCCAGUUACAUUUGAUAGAAAGUGAAAUUUCAGAUGCUCAAGAAGAACGGGAGACUCGGCUCUUCCCAGCAGUGGAUGAAAAGUGUCGGAUUUUGUGCCAUGCCUUAACUAGCGAUUUCCUCAUAUAUGGUACUGAUGCUGGUGUCAUUCAGCAUUUCUACAUUGAAGACUGGCAAUUUGUAAACGAAUAUCGACAUCCUUUCGGGGUGAAAAAGAUUUUUCCUGAUCCAAAUGGGACAAGAUUGGUUUUCAUUGAUGAAAAGAGUGAAGGAUUUGUCUAUUGCCCAGUUAAUGAUGCUACUUAUGAGAUUCCCGACUUUUCACCGACAAUUAAAGGUGUUCUCUGGGACAACUGGCCAAUGGACAAAGGAGUGUUUGUUGCGUAUGAUGAUGAUAAGGUGUACACGUACGUUUUUCACAAGGAUGUUAUCCAAGGCUCCAAGGUCAUUUUGGCCGGUGGCACCAAAGUCCCCUUCUCCCAUAAACCUCUGCUGCUGUAUAACGGAGAACUGACGUGCCAGACGCAGAGCGGGAAAGUCAACAACAUCUUCCUCAGCACCCAUAGCUUCUGCAACUCUCUGAAAGACGUGGGGCCGGAGGAGCUGAGGCAAAUGCUGACCCAGACGCUAAUGCUGAAAAGGUUUCCAGAUGCCUGGGAGAUGUGCAGGAUCCUGAAUGACCAUGCUGCCUGGAAUGAGUUGGCCAAAGCCUGUCUGCAUCACAUGGAAGUGGAGUUUGCAAUCCGAGUGUAUCGGGCCAUUGGGAAUGUUGGCAUGGUGAUGUCCUUGGACCAAAUAAAGGGAAUAGAGGACCACAACCUUUUGGCAGGACAUCUUGCCAUGUUUACUAAUGAUUUCAACCUGGCUCAGGACCUGUACCUGGCGUCCAGCUGCCCCAUGGCUGCCCUGGAGAUGAGAAGGGAUUUACAGCACUGGGACAGUGCUUUGCAGUUAGCAAAGCGUUUGGCCCCAGACCAGAUACCAUUUAUAUCCAAAGAAUAUGCUAUUCAGCUUGAAUUCACGGGUGAUUAUGUAAAUGCUUUGGCUCAUUAUGAGAAAGGGAUAACAGGUGAUAAUAAGGAACACGAUGAGGUAUGUCUGGCCGGAGUCGCCCAGAUGUCCAUUAGGAUGGGAGACAUACGGCGAGGAGUUAACCAAGCCCUCAGACAUCCCAGCAAGGUCCUGAAACGAGACUGUGGAGCCAUCCUGGAGACUAUGAAGCAAUUUUCAGAAGCAGCGCAACUGUAUGAAAAAGGUCUGUACUAUGACAAAGCCGCAUCCGUGUACAUCCGCUGCAAGAACUGGGUAAAAGUUGGUGAGCUUCUGCCUCAUGUCUCCUCUCCGAAGAUUCACUUGCAAUAUGCCAAAGCCAAAGAAGCGGAUGGAAGAUACAAAGAAGCUGUUGUGGCUUAUGAGAAUGCAAAACAGUGGACCAGUGUCAUCCGCCUCUACCUGGACCACCUCAACCGUCCAGAGAAAGCCGUCAGCAUCGUGCGAGAGACCCAUUCUCUGGAUGGAGCCAAAAUGGUAGCCAGGUUUUUCCUGCAGCUAGGUGACUACGGGUCUGCCAUUCAGUUUCUUGUCAUGUCCAAGUGUAACCAUGAAGCCUUCACCCUGGCUCAGCAGCACAACAAAAUGGAGAUCUACGCAGACAUUAUUGGCUCUGAAGACACGGCAAACGAAGACUACCAGAGCAUCGCCUUACACUUUGAAGGGGAAAAGAGACAUUUUCAGGCCGGAAAGUUCUUCUUGCUGUGCGGCCAAUAUUCCCGAGCACUUAAACACUUCCUGAAAUGCCCAAGCUCAGAAGAUAACAUGGCAAUAGAAAUGGCCAUUGAAACUGUUGGUCAGGCCAAAGACGAACUGCUGACCAGUCAACUGAUUGACCACCUCAUGGGGGAGAGCGAUGGCAUGCCGAAGGAUGCCAAGUACCUGUUCCGCUUGUACAUGGCUCUAAAACAAUACCGGGAAGCUGCCCGCACUGCCAUUAUCAUUGCCCGGGAGGAGCAGUCUUCAGGCAACUAUCGGAAUGCGCACGAUGUCCUCUUCAGCAUGUACAUAGAGCUGAAAUCCCAGAAAAUCAAAAUCCCCUCGGAGAUGGCCACCAACCUCAUGAUCCUGCACAGUUACAUCCUAGUCAAGAUUCAUGUUAAAAAUGGAGAUCAUAUGAAAGGCGCACGUAUGCUCAUUCGAGUGGCCAACAACAUUAGCAAAUUCCCAUCACACAUCGUGCCGAUCCUGACGUCGACCGUGAUUGAGUGCCACCGAGCCGGCCUGAAGAACUCAGCGUUCAGCUUUGCAGCUAUGCUCAUGAGGCCCGAGUACCGCAACAAGAUCAACGCCAAGUACAAAAAGAAGAUUGAGGCAAUGGUCAGGAGACCUGACACGUCGGAGACAGAAGAGGCCACAGCCCCAUGUCCGUUCUGUGAAUUCAUGCUCCCGGAGUGUGAACUCCUGUGCCCCGGAUGUAAAAACAACAUCCCAUACUGCAUCGCAACAGGCCGACAUAUGCUGAAAGACGACUGGACAGUGUGCCCGCACUGUGAAUUCCCAGCUCUGUACUCUGAAUUUAAGAUGCUGUUGAACACUGAAAACACGUGUCCUAUGUGUUCCGAGAGAUUAAACUUUGCUCAACUGAAAAAAAUCUUGAACUGUACCCAGUACCUGCAAACAGAAGUGGAGCAGUGAGUGGUGACCCGGGCAGGGAUGUGUUCCUGAGAAACUAGCAUUUUUCCUGGGAGGCUGUUUCCACCCUGAAUGGAUUUGGAGGUGGUCUUUCCUGGGCACCGACAAGUCAACCACGGGGACUGUACUUUCCACCUCGGAAGAGUGGCCAGCAGCCGGCGAUGCUCCAUCUUUCUUUACUGCACUUUGUACAUUUCCUCUCCACAGUCUUUCAUAGUCUGUGCUCCGCACUGUUAAUAGCCGAUGGUAUAACUGUAAAUAUUUAGCUUUGAGACAACUCUUCUAUUUUAAACUCUCUCCUACAAACUAAAGUGCUGUGACUAGA